UGCCUCAACAAACAUGGCGGCGCAUCGACAUGUCGUCUACCAGUUCCUCUCAGCGUAGCAGCCAAUCAGAGCCGACGCUCGCUCUACGCCUCAGCCAAUCACCUCUCGCUCUGCUCUUCUCGAAAACAUGUCGCCCAUGAAGCUGUGUGUUCCAGGUGACAAACUAUGCAGCACAGAAGACUGUAUUCCCGGCACAGGAGUAUAUCUACGGCACGGCUACAUAUACUCCUCACUAGCGGGCUAUGUGCUGAGAAAAAACGAAGGAGAGGAGUUACCUGUGAUCUCAGUAGUGAGGGAAACGGAAACACAGCUGCUGCCAGAUGUAGGAGCAAUAGUCACCUGUAAGGUGACCAGCAUCAACCCCAGAUACGCCAAGGUCCAUAUUCUCUAUGUAGGUUCCACGCCGCUGAAGGACCGCUUUAGGGGGACCAUCAGGAAAGAAGAUGUACGCGCAACAGAAAAAGACAAGGUGGAAACAUACAAAAGCUUCAGACCUGGUGACAUCGUCCUUGCAAAAGUGAUUUCCCUCGGUGACGUUCAGUCCAACUACUUGUUGACAACAGCAGAGAAUGAGCUGGGAGUCGUAGUGGCACACAGUGAAGCAGGUGUCCAGAUGGUUCCCAUCAGCUGGUGUGAGAUGCAGUGCCCAAGGACGCACAACAAAGAGUUCCGCAAAGUGGCGCGUGUGCAACCGGAAUAUCUACAGGCAUGAGUCCUGAAACUUCUUUUUCCCCCACAAGGAACACACAGCUUCCCCCCCCCCCCCUUCAGUCGCUAUUGUCAAGAUGUUCAGAUAUUGUUCAGAUGUUUAAGAGACUGGACAAUUAUGCGAUUUGUUGGUUACUCCUAGUUUCAUGUCUUUCGUAAGUGUUAUUAAAAAUAGUUUUCCCUAUGCA